AUCCACUCUCUCUCAGCUCUGAAUCGUUUACCGUAAUUACCAUCAGCAAUGGCGACAUCUAUCGCAGCUCGCUUCUCCAGAAAAGCCGCGGCCUCGGCCUUCUCUGGCUGCCGUAAUGUCAUCGCUUCCCGUAGUUUCGCCACGGAGGCGGCCAAAACGAUAUCGCCAUCGUCGGAUCGAGUGAAGUGGGACUACAGGGGUCAAAGAAAGAUCAUCCCUCUUGGCCAGUGGGUCCCUAAGGUAGCUGUCGAUGCUUAUGUUGCUCCCAACGUUGUCUUGGCCGGUCAAGUAACCGUCUACGACGGAGCCUCCGUGUGGAAUGGCUGCGUCCUGCGUGGCGAUCUCAACAAGAUCACCGUUGGGUUCUGUUCUAAUGUCCGGGAACGCUGCGUCAUUCACGCAACCUUGGUCCUCGCCGACCGGUAAUCCAUUCAAUUCUUA